AUGAAAUUUAAAAUAGAUGAGCUUGAUGUUUACUUUCCCUAUGCAUAUAUAUAUCCUGAGCAAUACAACUACAUGGUUGCUUUGAAGAAAGCAUUAGAUGCUGGUGGACCAUGUAUGUUGGAGAUGCCUUCGGGUACUGGAAAGACAGUGUCGUUGCUGUCGCUGAUCUCUUCGUAUCAGGUGGUGCAUCCCACUGCCAAGUUGAUCUAUUGCUCGAGAACGGUACCAGAGAUUGAACAAGCCAUGGAAGAGGCAAGACGUGUCCUCACCUACAGAAAUGCAGAACUCGGUGAGAGUGCACCAAAGACGCUUGCUCUUGCGAUGACCAGUCGUCUCAUAUUCAGUUAUCAAUACAUGUUGGAUCCAAAGAUAUCUUCGUUGGUCUCAUCGCAAUUCGCUAGCAACUCUAUCGUAGUCUUUGACGAAGCGCAUAACAUCGAUAACGUCUGCAUCAAUGCACUAAGUAUCAACAUUGACAAUCAAACCAUUGAAAAUGCAACAAAGAAUCUAACUAAAAUUAAUAAUGGUAUUGAAAAUUUGAAAAAGGUUGAUGCUGAAAGAUUGAAGAAUGAAUAUGUAAAGUUGGUUCAAGGAUUGGCGAGAUCAGGUGAUACUAUGUCAGCAGAUCCACUGCUGCCUAACGAAGUUAUUAAUGAAGUGGUACCCGGUAACAUUAGAAAGGCAGAACACUUUGUGUCGGUGUUGAGAAGAUUUAUCGAUUAUCUUCGAAGUAGAUUGCGUACACAGAUGGUAGUUUCAGAGUCACCAUUGUCAUUCCUACGUUCGUUGUCACAACUAACGACAAUCUCUGCUAAAACACUGAGAUUCUGCUCGUCGCGUCUCAGUUCACUUCUGAGAACUCUACAGAUAUCGGAUCUCAAUCAGUUCUCGUCGAUUUCGGUUAUCGCCGACUUUGCUACGUUGGUCGGUACCUAUGGCAAUGGAUUCAUCAUCAUCAUCGAACCAUACGAUCAGAAAACACCUAAUCAAUACGAUCCUAUCUUUCAAUUCUGCUGUCUCGAUGCUUCGAUCGGUAUGAAACCAAUCUUUGACAAGUACAAAUCGGUCAUUAUCACCUCUGGUACACUGUCGCCAAUCGAUAUCUACCAAAAGAUUCUCAACUUUAGACCAUCGCUAGUUGAACAACUAUCAAUGAGUUUACAUAGAAGUUGUAUUUGUCCAUGUAUAUUAACAAGAGGAAGUGAUCAAAUUUCGGUUAGCACAAAGUUUGAUGUUAGAGCGGAUACAGCUGUUAUUAGAAACUAUGGUGCGUUGCUUGUGGAGAUGUCAGCGAUUGUACCGGAUGGAAUCAUAUGUUUCUUUACAUCCUAUAGCUAUAUGGAGCAGAUCGUAUCGGUUUGGAAUGAAAUGGGUCUGCUCAACAAUAUUUUGAAUAACAAAUUGAUAUUCGUAGAGACCUCCGACGCUGCAGAGUCUGCUCUGGCACUGCAGAACUACAAGAAGGCAUGUGACAGUGGUAGAGGUGCUGUUCUACUCUCGGUGGCGCGUGGUAAGGUGUCUGAGGGUAUCGAUUUCGACAAUCAAUACGGUCGUUGCGUUAUUCUCUACGGUAUACCCUAUAUCAACACUGAGAGUCGCGUACUACGUGCACGUCUCGAGUAUCAACGUGACAAGUAUCAAAUCAAAGAAAAUGAAUUCCUGACGUUCGACGCAAUGAGAACAGCUUCUCAAUGUGUAGGUAGAGUUAUACGUGGUAAAUCAGAUUAUGGUAUAAUGAUAUUUGCUGAUAAAAGAUAUAAUAGACUUGAUAAGAGAAAUAAACUACCACAGUGGAUAUUACAGUUUUGUCAACCUCAACACCUUAAUCUUUCGACUGAUAUGGCUGUUGCUUUGAGUAGAGCAUUCUUAAAAGAUAUGGCACAACCUUAUUCAAGAGAAGAACAACUUGGCAAAUCUUUAUGGAAUCUCCAAAAUCUAGAAAAACAUCAAGAAAAGAUUGCAAACACAACAAAUACAACUUCACCAACAACUCUUUUACUUGGUAAUGGUCAUGCCAAUGGUAAUGGUAAUGGUAAUCUCAAUGGCACAACGACAACUACAACAAAUACACAACUUCCUAAAUGA